AUGAAUAAUUAAGACAGCAAAUCUAAAUUAAAUAUCUAUGCAAAUAAUGAUGAGGCUUCUGAUUAGUCUGUUGUUAGAUAAUUAGAUGGAAAUUAAAGUCAAAGGAAAUUUAAAAGCAAUUUAUAUGAAAAAUUAGAAAAUGCUUUUAUAACUUUUAAAGAAGCUAUUCAAUUAAGUAUUAUUGAAGAAAAGCAAAAGAUAAUUAAAAAUUUCUCUACAUAUGAAUAACUAUCUUAAACAAAAAUUGAAAUAAUAGAUGAGGAAUUGAAAUAAACUUUUUCUAAUUCAUAAAUAUAAAUAUAAGAUUAUAUUUCGAACAUCGAAAAUUAAUUAAAAUUAUUGGAUUAAUAAUUCUUUGAAAUAAUAAUAAAAUAUCAAAAAUAAUUGAUUGCUUAAACACCUAACAUUUUAACUAAGUAGAGUUCACCAUUUUCUUAAAAGAGUGAUGAAUAAAUUAAUCAAAAAGUUAUAUUGCAAAAUAAUGAAAAUAAUUUAUAGUUAACUUCAUUUUUAUAAUAAUGCUAAACAUACAACUAUCAAAUAAUUGAAAUUGAUUAAAAUGGUUAAUCUCAGUAUGAUAUACUAGUAUUACAUAAAAAUAUAUUAUUUUAUUUCAAUACAAAAGGGAUAUUUGAAGAAAAAAAUACCAUUACUUCAGCUAUUAACUUUUAUGUUUAAGGAAAACUUUAUAAAGUAGAGUAUAAUAAAAACUUUAACCCUAAUUUCGAAAAAAUUGAAGGGAAAAUGUACAUCUCAUUAUAGAAAAAGAGUUUUAAAUUAAAUGGUUAAGGUACAAUUUAUGAAGGAAAUAGUAAUAAAGUCAAGUGUUCAGGAAAAUUUAUUAAAGGUUUUCCUAUAAAAAAUGAGGGAUUAUUGAAUAUAAAUGCAGAAAUUUAAAAUAACGGAUAGUAGAAUAUUUCUUUUUCAAAGAGUCCAAUCAAGAUUUAGUAGAUAAUAGAUGAUACAAAUUAGAUAUAAAGUAAUUGUAAUAAUUUUUAAAAUUAUGAUUAAAAUAAUCUUGAUUGUUAGUUUAGAUAGAUUAAUCAUUAAUAAAGACAAGAUGGAUCUUAGAAAUAAUUAGCAGAAAGACGAAAUUUAACCUAAAAUUGUAUUAGAAAAAAUAACUAAAUUGAAAAUCUUUAUUAAACUGGAAUAAGGUCUUAAAAUCUUAAUUCUAGAAACAUAUGGUGUAAAUAUAAUUAAUAAAUAAAUACAUAUGCUGAAUCAAUAUUAAAUGAUUAAUCCAAAGCUUGGUUAAUGAGUAAUAUUAUAGAUAGUUAUGUACUAUAUCUCAAUAUUGAAGGCGAAGAAUUAUAUUUCAACAAGAAUUAUUCUGAUAGAACUGAUGUAAAGAGACUUUUAUUCUUUCCUAGUAGUUUUAUCACUUCAUUUGGAUAUGAAUUUAAUAUCUAGAAAGCCAAAGAAUUAUUUUAAGCAGAGUUGAUAUAAUAUCAAGAGAUUAAUUUUGAGAUUAAAAAAGUAUAUUCUUAAAUUGGAUUUCCUAUUAAUAAAAAUAAAUUACAUUGGUAAUUUAUAAUAUUUGAUCUUAUUAACAAUACUAUUGAGUUUUUUGAUUCUAAUUAGAAGCAUUAUAUAAAUGGUAAUGAUGUAUAUCUUACUAAAAUUAUUAAUACUUUAGAAUAGUUAUUAUCCAUCAAUAAUUGUAAAAUCAAUUUAUCACAAUAUUCUGGCUAAUAAACUGAUGGAUAUUCUUGCGGUUAUUAAAUUUGCACAUACAUGAAAUAUUGUUAUGAAAAAUAGUUUUAUAAGAAUGCUUAUUAUUAAUAUAAUGAAAAAGAAAUGAAAAAAAUAUUGCUAAAAAUUAUUAGAAAUUUAGAAGUUGAACAAAUCAAUAUUUGA